CUAGGUGCCUAUUAGAGUUAGUAAAUAGGUAUAAAGAUGCUUAUCCCCUGGCCGCAGAAGCCUUGUUAUAUAACACAUAUGUUGACGAUGUCAACCUGGUAGCCAAUGAUAUGAACCAAAACUAUUAUAAUGGUUGCCCCUAGACAUGAUGUUUGUGACAAUUACACAAAAAGAGGUUUAUUAUCAUUUGUCAGCAGACUUUUUGACCCUUUAGGCUUGGUCGGGCCGGCCAUAGUUAAUGCAAAGCUGCUCUUACAGCAGACAUGGUUGGAAAAAUUAGAUUGGAACUCUCCGUUGCCUGACCACCUCAAUGAUGGGAUGAAAAGGUUUGCGGCAAGUCUGAAUGAAAUGAAAAGUAUCAUAAUUAAAAGAAAUUUAGACACCUCAAAAGCUAAAGCUAUCGAUAUAAUUGGUUAUGCUGAUGCUAGCGCAAAGGCUCAUGGAUGUUGUUUAUAUCUCAGAAUUGUGAAUAUGGAUGAUAGUAUUAAUGUUGGCCUAUUGUGCUCUAAAUCCAGAGUGAAUUCCAUAAAGCAAUUAAGUAUUCCUAGGGCGGAGCUUAACGCUGCUUUGUUGCUAGCCAAAUUAGCCAAAAAGGUCUAUGACCUCAUUAAGGAUAGAUUUCAAGUAAGGGUUUAUUUGUUCUUAGAUUCUCAAGUUGUGCUUUGUUGGCUCACGACUAGCCCAUUAAAACUCAAUGUAUAUGUUGCCAACAGAGUGAAAUAUAUACAGGAAUUGACACAGGAGUUCUCUUGGUAUUAUAUACCUACACAACAGAACCCAGCUGAUCUUUUGUCAAGGGGAGUUGAACCCCAUUUAUUGCAAGGCAACGACCUAUGGUUUUAUGGACCUGCAUCUUUAAAAACAGCUGAGUUUUUGCCUAAAAGUGGAUAUGAAAUGCCAAAGGACAUUCCUGAAUUAAAGGUGUCACAUGUAGUUCAAAAAAAUGAGCCGUUACCCCUUUUCACAGACUGUUCUAAUAUAGACAAAAUUAAACGGAUUGUGUCAUAUAUCUAUAGAUUUAUAAAUAACUGUAAGGUUAAAUUAGAAGACAGGCUGUCAGGUGGUUUAACGCCUGAGGAAUUAGAUUCUGCCUUAAAGGUAGUUCUCAGAUACGUGCAGAGGGAGCACUUCGCUCCAGAAAUGAGUGCUUUAGAUUCAAAGUUACCUAUCAAAUCAAAUCUUCAGUCGUUGAAUCCGUUUCUUGACAGCAUGCGCCUAAUGCGUGUAGGUGGACGGUUGCAACAUGCUGACAUACCUUAUGCUACCAAACAUCCCAUAAUAUUGCCGAAGGGCUGUAAAAUUGUCCACUAUUUAAUUGAAAAGGAGCAUAGGGUUCUGUUGCAUGCAGGAGCCGAGCUUGUCCUGUCAGAUUUAAAUUUAAGGUACCAUUUAAUUAAUGGAAUUAGAGAAGUUAAGUAUGUUAUAAAUAAGUGUAUAAUAUGUUUUAAGUUAAAAGCAAAGCAUGCCGAACAGUUGAUGGGUUCUCUACCUUAUGAUAGAAUAACCCCUUGUAGAGUCUUUGAAAAGACUGGAAUGGAUUUUGGUGGUCCUUACAAUAUCAAAAUGUUAAGAGUGAGAAAACCUGUCAUCCGGAAGGCAUAUAUUUUGCUAUUUGUAUGCUUUAUAACUAAAGCCCUGCAUAUUGAGUUAGUCUCAGAUUUGACAACUGAAUGCUUUUUAAGUGCUUUAAAGAGGUUUAUAGCACGUAGGAAUAAACCUAGCAUAAUAUAUUGUGAUAAUGCCAGUACUUACAAAGGGGCUCAAAAUAAAUUAAAUGAUUUGUAUAAAUUGCAAUCUGCCACGGAGCACAAGAACACUGUAGAGCUAUUUGCUGCCGAUCAAGGUAUUUCAUUUAAAUUUAUACCUAGUUAUUCUCCUGUGUUCGGUUCUUUGUGGGAGGCUGGAAUAAAAUCUGUGAAAUAUCACUUAAAACGGGUUGUGGGUGAAACCGUCCUAACAUAUGAAGAGUUAAACUCUGUAAUUGUCCAAAUUGAGGGAAUCCUUAACUCCCGGCCUAUGACGGCCUUGCCUGCAACCAAUGUCAAUGAAACCCCAUAUCUCAGCCCUGCCCAUUUUUUAACUGGUGCGCCUCUCACCACAUAUCCUGAAAAAGAUUGUACUAAGGAGCCUGUUAGUCUCACUAAGUUCUGGGAUCAAUGUAAUCGUAUGGUUCAGAAUUUUUGGAAACAGUGGUACAAACAAUACCUUGUACAGUUACAGAAUAGACCAAAAUGGCGCAAGGACUGUAAAAAUAUAGAAGUAGGUACUUUAGUCAUAGUUAAAGAUGACAAUGUUACACCCUUGAGGUGGCCCAUGGCCAGAGUAGUAGAGGUUUUCCCCGGAGUUGAUGGAAAGGUGAGAGCACUCUCCAUUAGGACACCUAAAGGGUCUGUCAUACGAACAAGUAUAUAAUUAUAAAGUUUGUGUUCUGCCAAUAGAUAUUUAAUUAUGGUUAAUUACCAUAGUCUUUUAAUUAUAAGAAAAACCUUUGCGGUUGGGAAUAUGUACAAGACGGUACAUAAUAAUUAUAUGUAAUGACAUCUGUCAAAGCGUUCAGUACAGAACUUACCGCAUACCUAGCACAGCGUGCUAGCGGUUGAACUUAAUAGAUUAAGCUUAUAAAAGUUGUAGUAGUUAGAAAAGUGGAAAUACAGUUCUUCAUUCAAUAAUAA